AGGAGUCCGUCAGGGUCCAAGUAGGAAGCCCAGCUUCAGUCUCUCUGGUUCCGUCUCGCAACCUCCUCACACUAGGGUUUAUCACUCGUCGAUUACUAGGGUUUUAAUCAUUUCUGCAGAGAAAAUGGCGUCUCUAAUGGCGAUUCAUCGAGCACGAGCCUCCAUUUUCGCUUCUUCAUUCAGGGUACGUUCUUUGCACUCGUCUUCUCACUUCAUUUUCAAUCACUGCAAUCAAAUUUCAACCCUAAAUCCCUCAUCUCUCAAAACUCUAUCUACGUCAGCCGUCCCGAAUGAUUUCCAGGGACCACCACAACCGUCCGAUCCUUCUAGGGUUUUUCCUCAAGACCAGAACUAUGGAAACCCUAAUCAAUGGAACACCCCAAAUCAGAACUAUGGAAACCCUAAUCAAUGGAAUAAUCCAAAUCCCAACUACCCUCAAUCUCAAAUCCCUAAUCAGAUGUACCAUCAGAAUCAAAACUAUCCCGGCCAAGGAAACCCUAGUCCGAGUCAGGGUUUCCCCCCACGCAGAGUCCCUAAUUAUCCAAACCAAAGCUAUCCUCAGCGUGGAAAUGAUAGUCAGAAUAUGAAUUAUCCGCCUCCUGGGAACAAUAAUCAGUUGAAUUAUCAAAAUACAACUCAGAAUUACCCGCAAAUUGGAGGCCAGAAUCAAUGGAAUAAUCAAAAUCAGGGUUAUCCACAGCGAGAGAACCUUAAUCGAAAUCAGAACUAUCCACAACCUAGUGUGAAUCAGUUCAAUAAUCAGAAUCAAGCUCACCCACAACAACGUGUAAGCUCUAAUCAGUGGAGCACACAGGAUCAGUUGAAUAAUCAGACUCAAAAUCAAGGGCAGGUUGUGAACAAUCAAGCCCCGAGUGGACUGCCUGCAAAUGUUGAUUUAAUGAGUUUGUGCCAAGAGGGCAAGGUUAAAGAUAUUAUUGAAUUGAUGGACCAAGGGGUGCGUGCUGAUGCUCAGUGUUUUGAAGCCCUGUUUGGUUUGUGUGCAAAGUCGAAGGUACUUGAGGAUGCAAAGAAAGUGCACGAUUACCUUCUAAGGUCGACUUGCAGGGGUGAUCUUCAAUUGAAUAACAAGGUGAUUGAAAUGUACUCAAAAUGUGGGAGUAUGACUGAUGCACGGAGAGUUUUCGAUCAUAUGCCUGAGAGGAAUAUGGACACCUGGCAUUUGAUGAUUAAUGGGUAUGCAUCAAAUUCUAUGGGUGAUGAUGGGCUGGCAUUGUAUGAACAAAUGAGGGAAUUAGGGUUGCAACCAAAUGAGCAUACUUUUCUUGCUGUAUUGUCAGCUUGUGCUAGCGCUGAAGCUGUGGAGGAAGGGUUUAUACAUUUCGAGUCUAUGAAGACCGAGUAUGGAAUUGCUCCUGGGACUGAGCAUUAUUUGGCGCUUCUUGAUGUUCUUGGACAUCCCGGGCAUGUCACUGAAGUUGAGGAGUUCAUUGAAAAUCUUCCAUUUGAACCCACGGCAGCUAUUUGGGAGGCAUUAAGGAAUUAUGCUCGGAUUCAUGGAGAUAUUGAUACUGAAGAUCGUGCUGAGGAGUUAAUGGUUGGUCUUGACCCUUCAAAGGCAGUGGUUAAUAAGAUCCCUACACCACCUCCGAAGAAGCAGUCUGCGAUCAACAUGCUCGAGGGUAAGAACAGGCUAGGUGAGUUUCGAAACCCAACGCUGUACAGGGAUGAUGAGAAGUUGAGGGCAGCAAAGAAGGAGCAAGGGUAUGUGCCUGACACAAGAUACGUUCUUCAUGACAUUGACCAGGAGGCUAAAGAGCAGGCCUUGCUCUAUCACAGUGAACGCUUGGCAAUUGCGUAUGGUCUGAUUAGUACACCAGCGAGGACACCUCUGAGGAUCAUCAAGAAUCUCCGUGUCUGUGGUGAUUGUCACAAUGCCAUCAAGAUCAUGUCCAAGAUUGUAGGCAGAGAAUUGAUCGUUAGGGACAACAAACGGUUUCAUCAUUUCAAGGAUGGCAAAUGCUCUUGUGGCGACUACUGGUGAAGUUACUGUUGUUUCAAACUUUUGUUGCUGAUGUCCAAUGAUAUUAUGUACCCUAUAUGCAUUUUAUUUGUCAAGUGCCAAACUGCCAAAGUAUAUGGGUCACUUUGGGCAGGAAAACUAGUAUUGGUAUUAGUAGGAAAUUGACAAAUUGUUAUCCACUGCUCAUAGUCUACUUUGUUCUUGGUCUGAAGCUCAGUGAAUUAUUCAUUAAAACAUGACACUUGCUAUUGACAGAAGGUUGUUAGAA